GCAACUGACGCUAUUAUUGUAACUACCACUGGCUCAGUUUCUUCCGAAGGUAGUACUGCGACUGCCACUGAAGCAGUUACAACUGACGCUACCACAGUCGCAACAAGUGGAUCGGUUUCUUCUGAAGCCACUACUGGAGCUACCACUCGAUCAGUUACAUCUGACGCUACUAUUGUAACUACCACUGGACCAGUUACAACUGACCUCUCUGCUGCAGUGUCCUCUGAACAAGUGUCAGAAAAUGUCAGUAACGAUGCUGCUACUACAUCAUACUCACCUAGAAACAUAACGGCAACUUUGCCAUUGUCAUCAGCUAAUGAUGCCACUUCAUUUCCUACUUCAACAGUUACAAAUUCUGGAACUGAAGGAGCAUUUUUAACCACAGUUUCCAACGAGUUAAGCACGCCAAUCGUAAGUAGCACCGGAGAGGUAAGCGCUGAUGGAAGUUCUUCAACAGCAUCAUUUACAAAUGAAGCUUCUACUGCAUCAACGUCCUCAUCAGUUUCGUCUUUGCCAUCUACCUCGGGAGAUUCCUCGAAUCCGUUUUCAACCACAGUAGCUUCUGGAUUUGAAAUUUUGAAUCAAGUUACAUCAGAAUCGUCUCAUGAGACUUCUACUGCUGUUAGUUCGAGUAGCACUUCGUCUCCGGCAGCGACCGACACAACAUUAGCAGCUACAUCAGUGUCAUUUACAUCAGCUGAUGCUGUGGCAUCUAGUACUGCAUCUUCAGUGCCCAGCGUCACUUCUGUAACUACCACUGAGCCGGUAAUAUCUGAUGCCACUACAUUGGCUACCAAUGGACCAGCUGCAACUUUUCCCACCACUAUAACUACCAAUGGACCAAUCACAAGUGAUGCUACUAUCGUCACUACCACUGGAUCAGUUACAACAGACUCUUCUACUGUAUUAACGUCUGGGCCAGUUACAACUAGCUCCACUAGACCAGUAUCAACUGACGCUGCUAGUGUUGCUCCCACUGGAACAGUAACAACUGACUCCACUCCUGUCACUACCCUAGAAUAUCUUACAACUGACGCCAUUACUAUAGCAACCACUGGACCAGUUACAGCUGGCGCUAUUUCUGCAGCCACCACUGGACCAGUUACAGCUGGCGCUAUUUCUGCAGCCACCACUGGACCAGUUACAACUGAAGCUACCACUCUAGAAACCAAUGGACCAGUUACAACUGAAGUUACCACUCUAGAAGCCACUGGACCAGUUGCAACUGAAAUUACCACUCUAGAAGCCACUGGACCGGUUACAACUGAAGUUACCACUCUAGAAGCCACUGGACCAGUUACAACUGAAGUUACCACUCUAGAAGCCACUGGACCAGUUACAACUGAAGUUACUACUCUAGAAGCCACUGGACCAGUUACAACUGAAGUUACCACUCUAGAAGCCACUAGACCAGUUACAACUGAAGUUACUACUCUAGGAGCCACUGGACCAGUUACAACUGAAGUUACCACUCUAGAAGCCACUGGACCAGUUACAACUGAAGUUACUACUCUAGAAGCCACUGGACCAGUUACAACUGAAGUUACCACUCUAGAAGCCACUAGACCAGUUACAACUGAAGUUACUACUCUAGGAGCCACUGGACCAGUUACAACUGAAGUUACCACUCUAGAAGCCACUGGACCAGUUACAACUGAAGUUGCCACUCUAGAAGCCACUGGACCAGGUACAACUGAAGUUACCACUCUAGAAGCCACUGGACCAGUUACAACUGAAGUUACCACUCUAGAAGCCACUGGACCAGUUACAACUGAAGUUACUACUCUAGAAGCCACUGGACCAGUUACAACUGAAGUUACCACUCUAGAAGCCACUGGAUCAGUUACAAGUGAAGUUACCACUCUAGAAGCCACUGGACCAGUUGCAACUGAAAUUACCACUCUAGAAGCUACUGGACCGGUUACAACUGAAGUUACCACUCUAGAAGCCACUGGACCAGUUACAACUGAAGUUACCACUCUAGAAGCCACUGGACCAGUUACAACUGAAGUUACCACUCUAGAAGCCACUGGACCAGUUACAACUGAAGUUACCACUCUAGAAGCCACUGGACCAGUUACAACUGAAGGUACCACUCUAGAAGCCACUGGACCAGUUACAACUGAAGGUACCACUCUAGAAGCCACUGGACCAGUUACAACUGAAGUUACCACUCUAGAAGCCACUGGACCAGUUAUAACUGAAGCCACUAUUACAGCUACCACUGGACCAGUUACAACUGACAUGGCUUCUGCAGCUACAACUGAACUAGUAUUAGGUGAAGCUACUACUGCAACUACCACUGGAUCGGUUACAACUGACGCUACUCAUAUAGUUACCAAUGCUCCACUUACAUCUGACGUAACUACCGUAGCCUCCAGUGAACCAAUCACAACUGACACCAGCUCAGUAGCCAUUACUUCUUCCAUGUCCUCCAAUGAGCUUAUUUCCACCACCGAAACUACUUCAGCUAAUUCUUCACCGACUUCAGUUGAUUUUACCUCGGUGUUUUCUACUGAGCAAGUUUCUUCUGACUUCAGCAUAGCUCAUACCUCCGAAGCAGCUACUACCGAUAUCGCUUUCUUAGCCACUACUGGAUCUACGUCCACGACAGAAUCGGGUCUUCUGGGCACUACCUCGUCUGUAACCGAUCUCAGUUCUGCCUUUCCUUCAAGUAGUGCUUCGCCUGGUAUAUCUAUAGGCUUGAGCGUCGGAACAACUGCUGCUUCUGUCUCUGCGUCUUUACCCUCGUCUACUGCUGUGUCGCCCGAGGUGGUGACGGCGGUAGCGUCCACCGAAGCAGUCACCGGACUGCUGGGCCGGGACUUCUCGGCGGAGUUCGUGCAGCCGUACGCGGCUGUCGGCGUCCCUGCGGGCCUGGCGCUGACUAACAACGGCUCGUCGCUCCUGACCUGCGUCAUCCUCUGGGGCGCUGGACGCGCUGAAGAAUCUCUGACAGUGGUUGGCGGCGCCACAGUUACAAGGCAUCACACCUACGGGGAGGAGUCGGAAGGACUUAACGUUGCAACAGUGGAGUGUAACAAUGGCGAAACGAGCUUCAUAAAGCAGCCCAGCGUCGAAGUGCAGCAGAUCCUGUCCGGCAUAUCGUUGUCCACUGGCUCUCCAGCCAUUCUUCCCGAGGCUACGUCCGAGAUCAGCCUGUCAUUCGGAGAUUAUGCGUACGUGAACCAGCUGAUAUCAGUGGUGGUCGCCUUUGGAGACGGCACGUCCGAGGACCGUUUGGUGGUCAACACCGACCCGAGGCCCGCCCCGGCCGUGUUCACACACACGUUCCCCUUCAGCCGGCUGGAGAACAGCACGUACACCGUCACCGCCUCCCUCGCCAACGGCGUCAGCAACCUCACCCUCUCCGGAGAGCUGAUCUUCGAGGAGCCGAUCCAAAGCCUUGUGGCCGCCGUCGAUCCUCAGGUCGUCACCUUGGGCGAGGAUGUUUCCCUAGCGGCUGAGCUGGACGGCUUUUCUGUGGUGCAUCUCACAGUCGACUGGGGUGACGGGAACGCCUCAUACGUAACGCAAACCGUCAACGACACAACAGAGAUGUACGCGAGCCAUGUCUACGAGAAUGAAGGCGACUUCACGGUUGAGCUUUCAGCUGCCAAUGCCAUCAGUGAUGUGAACUUCACGAUUCCAGAGACGGUUUUGGUUCGAAGAGCUUUGGCGGGGAAGUUAAGCCUCUCUGCAGAUGAGUUUGUCAACAUCGAGACGGGGACUGCAGUUGAAGUUAUCAGUUUGGAUGGCUCGUUCUCUGGCGUCACCUGCUUGUGGACGUUUGGAGACCGCUCGGGAACCGCGCAAUCAAAUCUGUCACCGCUGACAGCACUAUCCAUUUCGCUGGACACUGCCGGUGUGUCGCCGGGCACCCGAACCUUCUCCGCUAACUGCUCCAACGCGGCCAGCUCCGCAGUCCUGUCUGCCGUCAUGCAGCUGGUGGCGCCAAUCGGCGACAUUUCGCUGGAGCUCUCCUCAGACGCCUCGCUGGCCUCGCAGUCCAACACAUACACCCUCGAUGCGACCGCGGGAUCCGACCUGACCUUCACACUCAGCUUCGGCGACGGCAACGUCAGCACGAUCCGCAACGCGACGAGUCGGGAGGUGGUGGAGCGAGCGCACUCCCUGAUCGGCCAGUUCACCGUCCGCUUCACGGCCUCGAACCCGCUCGGUUCCCGGACCCGUACCGCGCAGCUCGUCGUGCUCGAGAGGAUCGGCGAGCUGACGCUGCGCACCGCCGGCGUGAACCGUCUCACCGGCGAGACGUUCUUCAGCGAGCGCGUGCCGAACGGCACCUACCCGGCCACACACGACGUGAGGGUGUCGGCCAGCCUGUCGGCGGGCUCGAGCGUCACCUACUCCUUCCAGCGUGUCGGCACUGACGUCACCAGGACGAGCCGCCAGCCGGAGCUGACGCUGCGGCCUCCCUCGGCCGGCGCGCACACCUUCCUGGUGACCGCCUCCAACGCCCUGUCGUCGGUCAGUGCCAGCAUCAGCGUCAACCUGCUGGAGCGCACGGCUGUCAAAAGUCUGACCAGCGACAGGCCACACCGUCUCAACGAGUCAGUCCCGCUGACGCUGACCUUUGAGCGGCUCGGCACGGCCACUUGUCUGCUUCUCGACUUCGGGGACGGCGAGAAGGCGCUCUACGGCGCCGACGAGAGCACGUGCCAGAACAUAUUGGAGGACAUCAGCCCGGGAGAGGUGUACUCGGUGCAGGGCGGCGCUGUCUCCACCCCGAUGGUGAUCCUCCACGACUACCCGCACUCCGGCUCGUUCUACGCCAAGGCAACGGCGUUCAACUCGAUCGCGCAGUCAUUCACGGCGAGCACCGUCUCAAUCACAUCGUGGCCCUGCAAUUAUCCAUCGGUGCACAUCGAGGGUUCCGGCGGCACGGUGGACCAGCCGCGCGUGCACACCCGCUCCGACAACGUCCUCAUCAACCGAGAGGUGACGCUCAACUGCCCAGCCUCCAGCUCGGCAGAGUUCGUCUGGACGUCGUCGCUGCUGUCGCGUGUGAGCGAGCUCGAGUACGCGAACACGCCGGUGGCGCUGCCGGCGCUGUCGGCUGCCGGCAGCGGCGCGCUCACCUCGGUGAUGCUGGCGGCCGGCUCCCUGCAGGCCGGCGCGUUCUACAACCUGACGCUGACGGUGACGAUGACGGCAGUGCCCGAGGUGUGGCAGUCGGCCAGCGUGUACCUGUUCGUGCGCCGCGCGCCGCUCAGACUGCGACUGGUCGGCGGCCGCGGCCGCGCCAUCGGCUUCGGCAGCGAGUUCAGCGUGGACGCUGUCUCGCUGUCCAGCGACCCGGACGCCGACAUCCCGGAGGACACGGGGAGCUGGGUGUUCACCUGGCUCUGCUACCGAGAGGGUGAGGCCGAGCCGGACCCGCUGCACGCGCAGACCAUCGCUCUGCCGCAGACAGCCAUCUUCAUCGACGAGACCAACGACGGCGGCGGCUGUUUCGGCACGGGGCCCGGCCGGCUGGCCGUCAGCAACAACACAGGGAGACUGGACCUCCGCUCGGACUUUUCCCCACACAACGUCACCAUCCACCUACUGGUGCUUGUGACGGCCGGCACCAAGACAGCGCGCGCCGUGCAGUCCAUCCGCAUCGAGGAUGGCGACCCACCCUCCACCAACAUCAAGUGUAUGACCAACUGUCGGGAGCUGGCCAGCCCGCAUCGGGAGCUCUCGCUGCUGGGCCAGUGUCCGUCGUGCCAGCGGAGUGUUCUCUUCCAGUGGAAAAUCUACAGGGUGAACGGCUCCGGCCACCGGGAGCCGGUUCCGGACGCUGAGAGCCUCACCAAGGGAGCAGGCCUGGUCUCGCGCGGUCUGGUUCUUCGCCCGUACUCACUGCAACCCAGCACGCGGUACGUGAUGCAGCUGUACGGAAAAACGCCCGGCCUGGCCACGGCGUUCACCGAACAGGAGGUGGUGACCAGCAGCCCGCCGUACGGGGGCACCUGCAGCAUCGACCCGCCCUCAGGUGUGGCCUUCAGUACGGAGUUCGCGCUGCUCUGCGCCGGCUGGCUGAACCCGACCACAGACACGGCCGACGGGCUCACCUACCUGUCGUGGCUGCUGAGCGCCGAGGCGCCCAGCGGCCGGCGCAUCUUCUCACACGGCGCAGAGCCCCAGGGCACGCGGCUCACGCUGCCCGCCGGCAACGCCAGCGCCCAGUUCAGUCACCAGGUGCUGGUGCGCGUGGUGCAGCCGCUCGGCGACUUUCAGGAAAUGACCGUCAGUGUGCAGGUGACGGAGCCGGAGCUGACCGAGGACCAGAUGACGGAGCUGAUCACAGACGCCAGCGACAGCGUGCAGGGCCUGAUGUCGGCUGGACAGACCCAGCAGGCCAGCCAGAUCAUCACCAACAUGGCGCACCAGCUGAACCAGCAGGCCGCCCAGCAGCCGGCCGCCGUCACUGAGGGUCCGAUUAUGAAUGGCACAAACAGCACGACGCCGGCGCCGGCCUCGAACCAGACGACCGUGAGCCCGCGGCAGCAGCGCACCGAGCUCCGCGACAAGUUCGUCGAGGCCAUCACCUCGUCACCAGUCAACAGCCUGGAGCAAUUGGAGACGGCCUCCUCGGCGCUGGGAGCGGCCACCGGAGAGCCGAGUGAGGUAUCGCCGGCCACCACCAACCGUACCCUGGAGUUCGCCGCGCUCAUGUCCAACCAGCUGGUCAGCUUCACGGCCGGACCGGCGGCGCCGCGCGAACAGGUGGUGGACGCCGCCGCCGGUAUUUUGAGUGCCGUCGGUAACGUCCUGACGGCCGCCCAGCGCUCGGCGGGGACCAACGUCACGUCUGAUGCGUCCGGCGGCGCCGAGAGCGGGACGGCCCGCGAGCAGCGUGACACCCUGCGUUCCAUCACACUGCUGGUCAACAACAUCACCAGCGAGCUGACGUCGGGCGUGCUGAAGGCCAUGUCGCCCGGCUCCGAGCCGGUCACCAUCCAGGUGCUGGGGAUGAGUCUGACCUGCCAGCGCGACCUGCCCGAGAGCAUGGACAACAAGACGGUGGAGUCGGACGAGGGCGGCUUCGCGCUCUCCUCGGCCGAACAGAUGCUCGGCGGAAACAUCUCCCUGACCGGCGUGGUGGACAUCAAGUCCAUGUCGCAGGCGGCGAACCCGUUCUCGUGGGACGAGUCGGCGGCCUACAUAAAGACGCCGGUCCUGUCCCUCGCCAUCAGUGAGGAGUCGGGGGAGGAGAUUGACGUCUCGGGCCUCAGCGACCCGAUUGCCAUUCGGAUGAUAAUGGACGAGUCGAACCGGCCUCGGCUCACCCGCGUUCAGCCGUACACCAACGGCGACAGCAACUACGAGACCGUCCACUUCAUCGACAUACGCAGCAACGACAGCAGCAUCCUCUUCCACCUCAAUGCCUCGGACGCGGAGGCCACGUUCAUCGUCUGGGUGGCGCGAGGUCGGCGGGCGGCCGCCGACGACUACGAUGACGCGUUCGUGAUCCCCCACGAGCUGGACGAGAACCACUGGUACCUCAGCCAGGCAGAGCAGAGGAAAGUGGCCACGGAGCGGCUGAAGAUGAGUGAGCAGCUCACGGACGAGCUGCGGCACACCGUGUUCAUCAACAACGAGGCGGUGCGCGUGCUGGGCGGUACCGGACAGUGGAGCAUCGUCGUCAAACAGCAAGUGAACGAGUCCGAGAUAGACGUUCCCGAGCAGACCACCAAGGCGUACGACUACCGCAAGCACUCGACGCCCAGCCCGUGGCAGUUCGCCAACCUGAGCAGCUACUCGGUGCGCAUGGCGACGCCGGCCUGCAAGUUCUGGAACGACACCACCCAGCAGUGGGCCACCAACGGCUGCAAGGUGAGCCCGCUCACCAACACCCACUUCGCGCACUGCCUCUGCAACCAUCUGACGGCGUUCGGCAGCGACUUCGCCGUGCCGCCCAACACCAUCGACUUCGCGGCGGCCUACUCGAACCUGGGCGCCAAGCUGCGCGACAACUUCGCCGUGCUGGUGUUCGUGUGCUGCUGCGUGGCCAUCUACCUGGUGCUGGUCGUCUGGGCGAGACGCAUGGACCGGCGCGACGUCCAGAAGUGGGGAGUGACGCCGCUGAGCGAUAACGCCGCCGACGAGCGCUACCUGUACCAGACCACGGUGUUCACGGGGAUGCGCGGCUCAGCCGGCACCCGGUCGCGGGUCAGUCUGGUGGUCAGCGGAGACAGGGACGACACCGGCGUCCGCCGGCUCACCGACGGAACCUCCCGGGAGCUGAGCCGCGGCUCGGUGGUGCACUUCCUGAUGAGCACGUCCGGCCCGCUGGGUCACCUAGACUACAUCCGCGUGUGGCACGACAACUCGGGUCCGGGCCGCCACGCCGGCUGGUACCUGGACAAGGUGGUCAUCAAGGACCUGCAGACGGACGCCGUUUCGUUUUUCGUCUGUGAGCGCUGGCUGGCGGUGGAUGAGGACGACGGGAUGAUCGAGCGGAUGGUGCCGCGCUCGGGCCGCGAGGAGAUCACCUCCUUCUCUCAGCUUUUCUCCAGCACCACCAAGAAAAACCUCACCGACGGACACCUGUGGGUCUCCAUCUUCGUGCGGCCGCAGCGGUCCAACUACACGCGCGUGCAGCGGCUCUCGGUCGUGAUGGCGCUCAUGUUCCUCACCAUGUGCGUCAACGCCAUGUUCUACAAGACCGAGCCGGCCACAUCCAAGACGCUCAACCUCGGCUUCUUCUCAAUCACCACCUUCCAGAUCUGGGUGUCGCUGAUCGGCUCGGUGAUCGUGCUGCCGCCGUCACUGCUGAUCGACAAAAUAUUCCGGAUGUCGCGUCCUCGCCGCAGCGCCGCCGAGCGCCGUGCCGAGCAGCAGCUGGAGCGCGUGCGGCAGACGUUCGGCGGCGCCAGGAAGGCCAAGAAGAAGCGCUCGCUGCCGCACUGGUGCGUCUACGUGGGCUGGCUGCUGGUGCUCGGCGCCGCCGGCACGUCCGCCUUCAUGGUGUUCUCGUACAGUCUGCAGUGGGGCCGGGACAAGUCGCUCAGCUGGCUGAAGGCGAUGCUGCUCUCCGUGGUGCAGAACGUCUGCUUCAUCCAGCCGGCCAAGGUGUUCUGCGUGGCGCUCGUGUUCAGCAUCCUCUGCAAGAAGCCCGACACGGAGGCCGUGGACGACGAGACCGCCCUGGAGAAGGCGCUGCCGGCCGACGACGAGCAGUUGGUUGGCGGCCGGCCGCGGUCAGAGCUUCACUAG